CAUCGACCCAUCAUCAUGGCUUUUCGAAUUAGGUCGCUGGCUGUCCUUCGUUGGGGCCUUGGUUCGCGAUUGCGCACAUCGGCAGUCAGUCGCGGGCUGGCCACCGUUUCCGACAACUCGCGACCAUACGAUGUCGUCGUCAUCGGAGGCGGCCAUGCCGGCUCAGAGGCAUGCGCCGCGGCAGCUCGUUCCGGCGCUCGCACCGCACUGGUAACGCCCUCCCUAUCCAACAUCGGCGUUUGCUCGUGUAAUCCGAGCUUUGGCGGUAUCGGCAAAGGCACGAUGAUCCGCGAGGUCGACGCGAUGGACGGCGUGGCAGGACGGACAAUCGACAAGGCGGGCGUCAUGUUCAGGACGCUGAACAGAUCCAAGGGCCCUGCGGUUUGGGGACCCCGCGCGCAGAUUGACCGCGAUCUGUACAGGAGGUACAUGCAGGAGGAGCUGCUCGGGACGGAGGGGUUGAGUAUUGUAGAGGGGAAGGUCGCGGAUAUCGUGGUGUCAAAGGAAGGCGUGGAAGAUGAUCCGGUGGCGCAGGGCAAGAUCGUGGGCGUCAGACUUGAGUCUGGAGACGUGAUCCCCACCGGGAGGGUGGUCAUCACGACGGGGACCUUCCUGGGGGGUGAAAUCCAUAUUGGACUCGACGUGUUUCCGUCCGGUCGGAUGGGUGAAGCCGCUACUUUUGGACUGAGCAAGUCGCUCCGUGAAGCUGGGUUCCAGCUGGGUCGCCUGAAGACGGGUACUCCGCCCCGGCUGGACGCGAAGACGAUCGACUUCAAGGGGUUGGAGGUCCAGCAUGCCGAUUCGCCGCCGCAGCCUUUUUCGUAUGUCAACGACACCGUGCAGGUGGGAGAUAAAGAGCAGUUGAACUGCUGGAUGACUUACACGAACGACGCCGCCCACGGCAUCAUCCGCGAGAACCUGGAGAACUCGAUCCACAUCCGCGAAACCGUCAAGGGACCGAGGUAUUGCCCUUCGUUGGAGUCGAAAAUCAUCCGCUUUACGGACAAGCCGAGACACACGAUCUGGUUGGAGCCGGAGGGCUUUGCUCCAAACGAUGUUAUCUACCCCAACGGCAUCUCGAUGACGGUCCCUGCUGACGCGCAAUACGAAAUGCUCCGGACAAUCGAAGGCCUGGAGAACGUGACGAUGCUACAGCCCGGCUACGGAGUGGAAUACGACUACAUCGACCCUCGCAACCUAAAACCGACCCUCGAGACCAAGUUAAUCAGCGGCCUCUACCUCGCAGGCCAGAUCAACGGGACAACGGGCUACGAAGAAGCCGCCGGACAAGGCAUCAUCGCCGGCAUCAACGCCGGCCUGUCCGCCCAAGACCGCCAGCCACUCACCCUCCGCCGCUCUGACGGCUUCAUCGGUAUCAUGAUCGACGACCUCAUCACGAAGGGCGUCUCCGAGCCCUACCGCAUGUUCACCACGCGCAGCGAAUACCGCAUCACCACACGCGCCGACAACGCCGACCAGCGUCUGACCCGCAUGGCGCGCGAAGCGGGCCUCGUCUCCGACAAGCGCUGGCAGCGCUUCAACGACACACAGGCUCAGAUCGCCGAACUCCAGACCCUCCUCAACAAUACCAAGCUUUCCUCCAGCGCCUGGGCCCGCAAGGGCUUCCGCGCCCGCACAGACACCUCCAAGCGCUCGGCGCUCGACCUCCUCUGUCUCGAAAAGGUCGAUAUCGACGCCAUCAUCCCCCACAUCGACUCCCCAACAGGCACAACCUACACGGCGAACUCCUUCGCAGAGGACAUCAAGACCCGCGUCUCGAUCGACCGCCGCUACGCAGCCCAGUACGUCUGGCAGGAAGCCGAGGCGCGCAAGUUCCUCAAAGACGAGAACCUCCUCCUCCCGGCGGAUCUGCGAUACGCCCAGGUCCACGGCCUCAGCAACGAGGAGAUCCAGGCGCUGGAGCUCGUCCGCCCUGAAAGCAUCGGCAUGGCCAGACGCACGGAGGGCGUCACCCCGGCUGGUGUUCUCAGGUUACUCCGCUACGUUCGCAAGAACGCUACCACCGUCGCGGCGGAUACCCUGGACGAGGGGCAGCAGCCUCCUGAUCAGACUUUGCAGUCGGCUGCUUCUUGAGCGGGCGUCUCCGUUUGUAUACCAUACUAUACCACCCCAUACCAUACCCCUGAAACAUGUAUCAUAGACUUUGCUUUUUUAAUUUAGCAGCAGCAGCAGCAGAUAACGGCGCUAGGACACGGCGC